AAGUGAGCCGUCCCGUCACCGGACGCGUAGCAGGCGGUGUAGGGGAGAGGAACCGGUGCCGUGAUCAGAGUUGAGAGCAGCAGCCUCCUGAUCCGGGGUGCACAGUGCUCUCGUGCUGCGUGCAAGUCACGAAACCCUCUAGCGACGACGACGUCGCCAUUCGGUCUGGUGCUGCUACAGUGUCAUGUGCGUGUCAGCGUGUGCACCUGUUCCGACUUCCGACUGGAUCACACGUCCACCGUCCAGGCGUCCACCCCACGCCGAAAGCGAACCGAGCGAUUUCAAAAAUAAAAAGGAAAGCGAACCGAGCUGCAUCGAUGGGCCGCCAAAAAGCGCGGGCCGAGGCCUGGGUGGAUUUCAGGUGCAGCCGGCCCAGUAACUCCGUUCCGGGCCGUGACAACGCGUUCCAAUUGGAACUUCACCAUGUCGACCAUUCAUUCGUUCCAUUCCAUUUGCCUUGCCUACCGCGUUAUCCGAAAUACCUGACGGAGCACACCGCCACACGUCACCCUGUCGAGAACCCGAAGCAGAGCUACGCCGCACCAAUGGCAGCGCGCCUCGCCGUCCAGGCGCCGUCCGCGAGCCUGCCACGGGCCGGGAACACGCCCCCUGGCCCCAAGCCGCCGCCGCCGAGCAACAGCGUGCAGCGGCCCCAGAAGCAGAAGCCGGCCGCCACCAGCCGGAGGCUAGCGACGGCGGCGCUCCUGGCGUCCCGGCUGCUGGCGCCCGCGGCGGGCAGCGCCGCCGCGGCCGGCGCGUUCGACCUGCGCAUCACGCUGCCGGAGCAGUCCAGCGAGGAGGCCGAGGCUGUGGUGCGGACCCACGCGCGGAACCUCCUGCGGGUGAAGCGGCUCGCCGACGCCGGGGCGUGGCGGGAGCUGCAGGCGGCGCUGCGCGCCAGCGCGUCCAACCUCAAGCAGGACCUGUACGCCAUCAUCCAGGCGAGGCCCGCGGGGCAGCGCCCCGACCUCCGCAGGCUCUACUCCGACCUCUUCAACAGCGUCACCAGCAUGGACUACGCGGCCAGAGACAAGGACGAGGUCCAGGUGCAGGAAUACUACAGCAAAAUGGCCUCUGCCCUCGAGGAAAUUUUCGCCAAGAUCAUGUAGUUGCUCAUACGUUUAUCUAGGUUAGAUGGAGAAUGGAGUUUUUUCCCCCUUAUAAAACAAGAAGAAGAAAACUAGGAAGUUGGAAUCACAUUCACAUGCAAGGAGCAAUAAAUGGCGACAGGCAAAAAGGCUUUCAUUCUUGCAACGUAGCUAGUUUUUUU